AUGGCUGCUUAUUUUAUACCUUCUCUUGGAUUAGCACCCAAGUGGUGUUCUUUAUUGGAUGGAGUAACAGAAGAAUUAGAGGAGCAGCAGCAGCAAGAAGGAUCAGCAGCAGCAGCAGCAGGUUCAUCAUUUGCUGCGCUGCAGUUCUUAACAGAGCAGCAAAUGCAGCAACUGCAUGCACAGCAUCUUAUUGGUACUCCUCUUGUUAAUCGUUAUCUACAUGGAUACUUUAUUUCUCGUGAUUUAUAUGAGCAACUUAAGGCUGCUGCUGAGCCCUUCGCCUUUGAGAAUUACAGACAACAGAAGAUACAAGAAAGACUCGAAAGCAAAAAGACUAUGCGUAUACAGGUCCGGCAUAAAUUGCCAAAAACAAACGCAGAAUUUGCAGAAAAAUUACAAAAAACUAUCGAGGCAACUAAGGGAUCGGGCAGCAAGAAGCAGCAACGGGAAGCUGCUGCUGCUGCUGAGUUGCUGCAAGACAGCCGGUUUAGUCGUCUCUUCUCUAACCCGGACUUUCAAUUGGAGCAAGAAUCUUAA